GAUGGGACCCAUUAAUGAGAAACUGGUGUGAGGUCAUAUAGUGCUAAUUAAUGAAAGGAAAUUUUUUGUGCCUUUGAACUUAUCUCUGUUAAGUCAUUGUGUCUUCUCUUGAAUAUCACCUGUUCACAAUGGGCUUUGAGGAGCUCCUGGAUGAAGUUGGUGGCCUGGGGAAAUUCCAGAUCCUUCAGAUGGUUUUAGGCCUGCCUUCUCUUAUGAUAAUAAUGUGUCAUGUGCUGUUGGAGAACUUCACUGCAGCCAUUCCUGAUCAUCGCUGCUGGGUCCCCAUCCUUGAUAAUGACACUGUCUCUAAUAAUAACACUGGCAUCCUCAGCCCUGAUGCCCUCCUGAGAAUCUCCAUCCCAUUGGAUUCAAACUUAAAGCCAGAGAAAUGUCAUCGUUUCCUCUUCCCCCAGUGGCAGCUCCUUCACCUGAAUGGGACCUUCCCCAACAUGACUGACCUGGACACAGAGCCCUGUGUGGAUGGCUGGGUGUAUGACCGAAGCUUAAUCUCCUCCACCAUCAUUACUGAGUGGGACCUCGUAUGUGAUUAUCAGUCAAUGAAGCCAUUGGUUCAUUCCCUAUUCAUGGCUGGAAUGCUAGUGGGAGGCCUCAUAUAUGGCUAUCUCUCAGACAGGUUUGGGCGAAGGUUGAUUCUCAGGUGGGGUUUACUCCAGCUCGCCAUCUCCGGGACAUGUACAGCCUUUGCUCCCAAUUUCCUCAUUCACUGCUCAUUACGCUUCUGGUCAGGUUGUUCUGCUGUGGUCGUCAUGACAAAUAACAGUAUGCUCAUUAUAGAGUGGACAAGGUCCCAGUCAAAAGCCAUGGUAAUAACACUGAUAUCCUGUGCCUUAAGUAUGGGACAGACAAUGCUGGGAGGACUGGCUUUUGUCUUUCGAGAGUGGCGUACCCUGCAGCUGGUGGUGUCUGUACCUUUCUUUGUCUUUUUCCUCUCCUCAAGGUGGCUGGUGGAGUCUGCUCGGUGGCUGAUUAUCACUAAUAAGCCAGAUGAGGGCUUAAAGGAACUUAAAAAAGUUGCACACAUAAAUGGAAUAAAGAAUGCUGAAGCAAUCCUGAACAUGGAGGGUUUGAGAGCUGCUAUGCAGAAGGAGCUGGAGGCAGCACAGACCAAAACUACCAUGUUUGACUUGUUGCGCACACCCAACCUGCGUAAAAGGACCUGUCUCCUAUUCUUUGUGAGAUUCGCAAACACGAUAUCAUAUUAUGGCACAUUUAUCAACAUACAGCACUUUGGAAGGGAUAUUUUCCUGUUCCAGGUAAUCUUUGGCGCUCUCACUUCUUCAGCCCGAGUUCUUCCACUUUUACCACUGAAUCACAUGGGCCGUAGACCAACCCAGAUGCUUUUCAUGUUCCCGGUGGGACUUUCCAUUUUGGCCAACACGUUUGUGCCCCAAGAAAUGCAGACCCUGCGCGUGACUUUGGCGAGUGUGGGAAUGGGCUGUGUUGCUGCCGCUACCACCAGUACUUCUGUUCAUGCUACUGAACUCUUCCCCACUCUCCUCAGGGCAAAAUCAGCAGCUUUAGAUAUGAUGGCUACUUGGACUGGGGCAGCACUGGCUCCCCUCUUGAUGACCCUAGUGGUAUAUCUACCCACUCUGCCCUGGAUCAUCUAUGGAGUCCUUCCUAUCCUUUCUGGUCUUGUUGUCCUUUUUCAACCUGAAACCAGAAAUCUGCCUCUGCCUGACACCAUUCAGGAUGUGGAAAAUAACAAAAAAUUCUCAAGAAAAGUAAAUGAAAACGAUUCUUACAUAGAAGUGACAAAAUUUUAAGGAGCUUUCAUGACCUGAUGGGUGAGGAAAAGAAAAAUAUGAAGAAAAAAAGGAGUUUUUUUCUUUAUAUCUAAAAACAAGCAAGAAAAUAUACUGGAAAUAUGAACCGUGGAAUAAGUUUGCAAUUAAAAAUAUGU